AUUGCCUUUCAAUUUUCGUGAAAAAGCUCGUUGUAUCGUAUCGAGCGAUUUCGAGCAUUUUGCGUUUAACUAUUGAUACAUUUUGUGAUAUUUUGUUCUUCUAAUCUCAUAAUUUAGUUGUAAGAUUCUAGCCGUUAUUAUAAAUAACGUUUAAUCCAAAGUGGUUUUACUUAGAAGUACGCUAGUGAUAUACUGACAGAUCGAUUCGGCGUUGCGAAGUUACAGGUUAUAGUAAAAAAUAAUUUAGUUUUCGUAGAAUAUUUAGUUGCAAAUAAUUAAAAUGGAGAGCAUGGAUGUAGCGCAAGAAGGUACAUCAGCGGCGGCGACGCCGGUAGCCGAAAAUGGGCCUGACAAGAAUGUUACUGCGGAGGAAAUGACCUCCAGGGACUACUACUUCGACUCUUACGCACACUUCGGCAUUCACGAGGAGAUGCUGAAAGACGAAGUGCGCACACUCACAUACAGAAAUGCUAUGUACCACAAUGCGCACCUGUUCAAGGGUAAAACAGUGCUAGACAUUGGUUGUGGCACAGGCAUCCUGUCAAUGUUUGCAGCCAAGGCUGGUGCCACCAAAGUCAUUGCAGUAGAGUGCUCCAACAUAGUGGACUACGCUCGCAAGAUUAUAGAGGCUAACAAACUCAGUGACGUCAUUGAGAUUGUUAAAGGCAAGGUUGAAGAAGUUGAGUUGCCAGUUGAGAAGGUGGACAUCAUCAUAUCAGAGUGGAUGGGCUACUGUCUCUUCUACGAGAGCAUGCUGGACACAGUGCUGUACGCUAGGGACAAAUGGCUGAACACCAACGGCAUACUCUUCCCUGACAGAUGCACACUGUUCAUCUGCGGCAUCGAGGACCGUCAGUACAAGGACGAGAAGAUCAACUGGUGGGACAACGUGUACGGUUUCGACAUGUCCUCCAUCAGGAAGGUGGCCAUCUCCGAGCCGCUCGUCGAUGUCGUUGAUGCUAAACAGGUGGUGACCAAUUCGUGUUUACUAAAAGAAAUAGACUUAUACACAGUCAAGAAAGAAGAUCUUAACUUUGAAUCUAAGUUCCAUCUACAGGUCCGUCGCAACGACUUUAUCCAAGCACUAGUGACGUUCUUCAACGUGGAGUUCACGAAGUCGCACAAGCGGCUCGGGUUCAGCACCGCCCCCGAAGCGCCCUACACGCACUGGAAGCAGACCGUCUUCUACUUCGAUGAUUACAUGACUGUAAAGAAGUUCGAAGAGAUCACGGGCACAUUCUCAAUGCGUCAAAACGCGCGGAAUAAUCGCGAUCUUGAUUUCGAAAUCGAGAUCGACUUUAAAGGCGAACUGUGUCAAGUUCGGGAGAAGAAUCACUACAGGAUGCGCUGAAUAGACCUCCUUGGGCCGCCCGACCAGCCUUCACCGACAAACACAGCCCCCGUUACGAAUACUACUGUUUUACUGCACCAAUACUGUACUACCAUAUGGAGUUGCAUAGCCUGCAUGCUAAGGUACGAUAAUGUGAUUGGAAAACGGCUCCUUUUUCAUAAAAUUCCAGAAUUACCGCUUCAGAAUGUUAGUUUUUGCAAAACUGAUAAAAUACUGUUAAAUUUUAUCAAUCGUUUUGUACGGAGUAGGAUCUGGUCAGUGCUUAAUAGCCCUAACUCGUGUGAUUUUUGUUAUAUCUAAAAUACAUUUAAGAUUUAAUAUUUUUGUAGGAGAUAGACAUUCUAUAUUUUUUAACAUAUAAUUCUUAUCUCUUGUAAUGUAUAACAUUCGUUAGAACAUUUUGACCUGACUAGUUUCACUUGUACAACACACACAUCUGCAAAGCAAGACACAUGUGGUGUUUGAAUUAACUAAAAUUCCAUGAUAUUCUUGACCAUUAAGUAAUAAGACAGUAUCAGUGAAGAUAAAUGUUUGAAUAUUGUUUCUUUGUCGCUUUGUGUAAAGGGCAAGUGUAACAAUGUCCGAAGGCUGGUAAUAGUAAACGAAUUUUGUAACAAGAAUAUGUUUUAAGGAAAUAUGGUCGCUGUGUAAUUUUUAAUUAAUUAAACAAUAAGUAGUUUCGACUCACUUUAUUUGGAUUCGUUCAUUUUCCAUUAUUUUAUAAUUUUUGUCGUGUGAUAUUUUUUAGUUCUCAUUUAUAUCGGUGGAUAAGUGGCUAUAAGUAAUUGGAACAAGACAUAGCUCGCGGUGAAUGCCUGCUCCUUGUAAUAGCUAGACCAGCUAGCUCUGCCUGAAGUUGCCAGCAACAUGUUCCUUUUUCUAUACUUUUGUAAAAUCCGAUACAAAAGAUUGUUAAUUAGGUUAAUACUUCAAUUUAAUCUACAAAUAAAUAGUCAACAAAGUAAUGUAGUUAAACUUAAUCGACAAGAAAUCGGCUAGGUAUUUAAUAAAUAGACGAUUGUACCUUUCAGUAUUUUUGUUGUAAUUGACAGCUCGAAUAAAGUGAGUUGAGAAGAUUUGACGACGUUUAUGAAUUAAGUUAGUGUCUCACGUUUGUAUGACCGCCUAAAGAUACUGCUAAGCCCGCUGGAGCGCGGGGACUAUUAUAGAAUUUCAUAAAACACCGUAUUACUAAACUUGUAUACAUGUUAAUGGCAGUUUUGAAUUAUUGUUUAAGCGCAUUACUUUGUAACCCUAACCAAACAAGAUUACUGCAAUUUAUGUCUAAAGUAUAUAGCUUACUUAACCCAGUGUCCGUAAGUGUAAUUAUAUGUAUGAUGUACAUGGUUGUUAGCAUAGGAAUGUAACCUUUAAAUCUUAUUGCUAUUCACAAAACUUCACAAGCAUGUAUUGUAAGCCCGUGUUAGAGAUAGGUUUCACAUGACAGGCAUGAUAUUAUUUUUAUAUUGUGUAUCGUAAAUAUAUAAGGACUAAUAUGUAGGGCUGAUCGGUAGAACAUCGAUUUAAAUAUCUGUAAUAAUUUGUUUCUAAGCAACCAAAGUGAAUAUUAGCAGUGAGAUUGUAAAAGAUCUAGUCAGACGGUGAUACUAUAAAAAUUCACUAUACUUUGAAUCAAUUUACGUUUCUUACUGUGCUCUGGGACUCUUAUAAAAUUGCUCAAGAAAUGCGCCCCAAUUUAAAAGUGCAAAUGCCGUAUGAUUAAUAAUAUAGCGUUGCAAAAUGGACCCUAUGAAAUGAAGAGUUAGUUUCACCCUUCUUAAAUAUUUUCUGGCAGAUUACGACACGCCGUUGAUGUUAAAAAGAAGAGUUUAAUCUUCAUCGAGAUCUACAGCAAACGAGCAAUUUUUGCUAGCUUUCAUAUAGUUUCAUAGACUGGCCCAAAAUUGAUAUAUAAUUAGUAGAAAUGAUAUAUAAGGUACUUCUUACCUUCGUGGGGUUCAUUUCAUAACAGAUACGUUUAAAACUGCCAUCAACAAUCUGUUAGGUGUGAGAGCACUUCAUUGUAUAAGUUGAUGUUCAACAACCGAUGCCAAUGUCGCCACACAGUGGCAUUAUUACUAUUUUCUACGGUUUAGCGACCGUACAUGGUGUACGAAUAUUUGUGGUGCAUUCAUGAAUAAGUACCUAUAAGAAA